UUACUCUGUACAAAAUGGCCAAGUUUUUGCCAUAUCCGGUGUGUGUGUUCCUGAUGCUCCAGCUGACGGCCCUCGUGUCGAUGGUGGACGUGGAGUACAAGGUGGUGAAGAUACGUAGAGGCCGCAAGCCGCAAGCGCAGAUGUUCUGGAGCUUUGAUGCCCACGAGCUGCUCUUCAGUCCACUGUAUUCUCUGGCCGCCAUGAGCCUGUUUUACUACGGCUAUGGUCUGGUGUAUCUGCGCCAUGAGGGCCCCUACAAGAACCUUCUCCUAUGCCUGUGCAACGCCAGCGUGGACAUGUGGCGGAAAUUCUGGCCGGUGAUGCUACUGCCGUGGCUCAUGACGGUGCUGCCCGGCGUACUGCCGUAUCCCAAUCGCCUGUGGCACUGCCUGGCCAUGGAUACCUCGAGGAUAGACUUUUGCUUCAUCCAUGUGGUGGCGUGCAUUAGCUUUUGGAUCGUGUCGAUGAUGGUGGUUUUUCUGACCUUCAGCUUUACCGUGCUGUCAAAUCUCUGCCUGCACCGAUCUACGCGAAUCGAUAGGUACGUGUCGCCCGAGCUACGCGCCUACAUACGGGGCAUAAACGAGUCGUACGGCUUUCAAUUGAUUACCAUCCAUCCAUCGAUAAGUUACAUCAGUUUGUGGUCGUUCUAUCAUGUAGCGCAGUAAUACUUUUGACGAGACAGCCAGGACUAGCUGUGUAGAUCCCGUCAAGACGAUCCACUAAGCCGCUUCCACCGAUGCAGCAAUCAGAUAUGGCGAUCCUGCUUCACAUAUACUACCUAAUGUACAAUAGUAUACCAAUUAAAUACCAAACCCAAACUGAA